AUGUCCUCAUGGUAUAAUCGAGACGUGAAUGAAAUUAUUGAGAGUGCCAUGGCAACCGGAUCAGACCCAAAUAUAUCAGAUGCUUUCACCAUCAAUGGCUGGCCUGGACCUUUAUAUAAUUGCACCAAUGAAAGAAUAUACAACCUGGUAGUGAGACCAAAAAGGAGGUACCUUCUUCGAGUAGUGAACGCAGUAAUGAACGACGAAAUGUUCUUAGCCAUAGCACAGCAUAAUUUCACAGUGGUGGCUCAAGACGCAGCUUACAUCAAGCCCAUAACCACAAACUACAUAAUGAUAGCCCCAGGCCAAACCAUGGACAUUUUACUCACCACCAAAAACCACUCAAAACCCACUCUCUACUACAUCUUUUCUAGACCAUUUUCUGACUCUAAUGUCACCUCCGAUAACUCUACUACCUCUGCCAUUCUUCGUUAUCACCAUGGUGAUAGUAAAAAUAACUCCAACAAAACCAUCGAACCCUCUUCAUCAAAUGUUCCAAUAAUGCCAAUAUUGCUUCCUAAUAUAACUGAUAGAGUUGCUUCGUACAAUUUCACUAGUCGUAUUAGAGCCUUGGCUACCAAGGAAUUUCCGGUUAAUGUCCCUAUGAAUGUUGGAAAACGAUUGUUCAUUACGGUUUCGAUUAAUACAAUAAUUUGCCCAAACUCGUCUUGUGAGGGACCAGAUGGUAGUCGGAUAGCAGCAAGCUUAAACAACGUUAGCUUUCAGACCCCUUCGAUCGAUAUUCUACAAGCAUAUUACAGGAGCUUGUCAGGUGUUUAUAGCAGCGAUUUCACAGCCAGGCCACCUUAUAUUUUCAACUUCACAGGAGACGUGGGAAACAACACAUUACACCCAAGCAUUGGGACGAAGGUGAAGAUGGUGGAAUAUGGUGAAGCAAUUGAGAUUAUAUUCCAAGGGACUAAUGUAUUGGCUGCUGAGAAUCACCCUAUGCAUCUCCAUGGUUUUAGUGGCUACAAUGUCGGAACUGGUUAUGGCAACUUUGACCCCAAAACUUCCCCCAAAACCUACAAUUUGCUUGAUCCACCUGAGAUCAACACAUAUGGAAUUCCCAAAAAUGGUUGGGUUGCCGUUAGAUUCUUUGCUAAAAAUCCUGGAGUGUGGUUUUUGCAUUGUCAUCUAGAGAGACAUGCCAGUUGGGGUAUGAGUGCUGUGCUGAUUGUCAAGAAUGGGCCAACGAAGGAGACAAGCAUUCGAAAACCUCCUCCUAACAUGCCAAUAUGCUCUUAA